AAAAGAAACCCACACCUUCAUCCCCUAGCAUCCACCUUAAUGAUUUAACAAAAAUAUCAAGUUACUCGAAAGACAGCGGGCAAGAUAUGACAGAAAAUAAGAUCCAGGAAAACGGUCAAUGGAUUAUCGGCGAUGAAGACAAGGAGAACUACGAAGGGUUUCCCCAAAAUGGCGAAGAAGACAAGGAGAGCUACGACGCCUUUCCUCAAAAUGGCGAAGAAGAAGAAAACCCUCCGCCUGCCGCUCCGUCGGAUGGUCAGGGAGGUCAUGGAUGGAGCGAGGCUCAACAAGCGGAGUUGUUGCAGAGACGAAAGAGACUCAAGCCUAGUAUGUCCCAAGGGACGGUUAUGCAACAAAAUAGGAUCGAAGAGAGGAAUUUUACGGUAGCGACACCUGAGGAAUUCGUCAAACGUUUUAACGGGACCAGAGUUAUAAACAAGGUGCUGAUCGCGAACAACGGUAUAGCGGCGGUGAAAUGUAUGCGAUCCAUACGACGAUGGUCGUACGAGAUGUUCAAGAACGAAAGGGCCGUCCGCUUUGUGGUCAUGGUCACACCCGAAGAUCUGAAGGCAAACGCCGAAUACAUCAAAAUGGCCGACCACUACGUACCCGUGCCAGGUGGGACCAACAACAACAACUACGCCAAUGUGGAAUUGAUCGUUGAUAUCGCUGUCAGGUGUCAAGUACAGGCUGUGUGGGCUGGCUGGGGUCAUGCAUCAGAAAAUCCAAAACUGCCAGAACUGCUCCAUAAAAACAACAUUGCAUUUGUUGGGCCCAGCGAAAAAGCUAUGUGGGCGCUUGGUGACAAAAUUGCAUCAUCUCUUGUAGCACAAACAGCCGAAGUACCCACGUUACCAUGGUCUGGAUCAGGACUGACUGCACAAUACUCUGGCAAGAAAAUAAAAAUCUCGUCAGAAUUAUUCGCCAAAGGGUGCGUUGUUACACCUGAAGAAGGUUUAGCCGCUGCACAUAAAAUAGGAUUUCCAGUUAUGAUAAAAGCUUCAGAGGGUGGGGGUGGUAAAGGUAUCCGUAAAGUGGAGCAUGCUGACGAAUUUCCUGCGGCCUUUCGACAAGUACAAACCGAAAUUCCAGGAUCGCCGGUAUUCGUGAUGAAACUAGCGAAGUGCGCGAGGCACUUGGAAGUGCAGCUGUUAGCGGACAACUACGGCAACGCGAUAUCGUUGUUCGGACGUGAUUGUUCCAUCCAGAGAAGGCAUCAGAAGAUUAUCGAAGAAGCGCCCGCCGUUAUCGCUGAGCCGGACAUUUUCGAGGCUAUGGAAAGGGCAGCUGUCAGAUUAGCUAAAAUGGUAGGCUAUGUGUCAGCAGGAACAGUGGAAUACCUGUACGAGCCAUCAUCAGGACAAUAUUACUUUUUGGAAUUGAAUCCUCGUCUCCAAGUAGAACAUCCUUGUACAGAAAUGGUUUCUGACGUUAAUUUACCUGCUGCACAACUACAAAUUGCGAUGGGUCUUCCACUGAACUACAUCAAAGAUAUUCGGUUACUCUAUGGAGAAUCACCGUGGGGGUGUACAGAAAUCGAUUUUGAUAUGCCGAUGCAUAAACCCCAACCUUGGGGGCAUGUUAUAGCAGCUCGAAUAACAUCUGAAAAUCCAGAUGAAGGUUUUAAACCAAGUUCCGGUACAGUCCAAGAACUGAACUUCCGAUCAUCGAAAAACGUAUGGGGUUACUUUUCGGUAGCCGCUUCUGGUGGCCUGCACGAGUUUGCGGAUUCGCAAUUCGGUCACUGUUUCUCUUGGGGUGAAAACAGGGAGCAAGCCAGGGAGAAUCUCGUUAUAGCAUUAAAAGAGCUAUCUAUUAGAGGUGAUUUUAGAACUACAGUCGAGUACCUGAUUACUUUAUUGGAAACGAAGGCAUUUCAGGAAAACACAAUAGACACGGCCUGGUUAGAUGUGCUUAUUUCCGAACGUAUGCAAUCAGAAAAACCCGAUAUCAUGUUGGGAGUUAUCUGUGGUUCCUUGCAUAUCGCUGAUAAGGCCAUCAUGACUGCAUUUGAAGAGUUUCAGACUUCGUUGGAGAGAGGACAGAUCCAGGGAUCGAACACGUUGACGAACGUCGUAGAUGUGGAACUAAUCAAUGAUGGAAAUAAAUACAAAGUGCAAGCGACAAAAAGCGGACCAAACUCUUACUUCCUCCAGAUGAACGGAUCUUUCAAGGAGAUGGAGGUUCACAGGUUAACUGACGGUGGAAUAUUGCUCUCUGUAGACGGCGCUUCCUAUACGACUUACAUGAAAGAAGAAGUAGAUAGGUAUAGAAUAGUGAUAGGAAAUCAAACGUGCGUUUUUGAGAAAGAAAAUGACCCUACGAUAAUUCGAUCACCUUCUGCUGGAAAACUCAUCUCGUACAUUGUUGAGGACGGCGGACAUGUUUCUAAAGGACAGGCAUUUGCUGAAAUUGAAGUGAUGAAGAUGGUAAUGACGCUGACCGCUGGAGAAUCAGGUAUAGUGUCUUACGUGAAAAGGCCCGGUGCAGUGUUGGACGCAGGGUCUGUGAUAGCGACUUUGGAGCUGGACGAUCCAUCGCUCGUAACCAAAGCCGUACUUUACAAAGGAUCAUUCCCAGAUCUGGAAUUGCACCAAAAUGCCAUUCCGGAAAAACUGAAUCAUAUACACAGUCAUUACAGGUCAGCUCUGGAAAACACGCUCGCCGGCUACUGCUUGCCGGAUCCGUACAACGCCCCGCGUCUCCGUGAGGUCAUCGAGAGCUUCAUGUCUUCUUUGCGCGACCCCAGUCUUCCUCUCUUGGAGCUGCAGGAAGUGAUGGCUACCAUUUCCGGUCGUAUACCGGCCGCAGUCGAGAAGAAGAUCCGUCGGUUGAUGUCGCUUUAUGAAAGGAACAUCACUUCAGUGCUGGCGCAGUUCCCCAGUCAACAGAUCGCAAGCGUUAUUGAUACGCACGCGGCGACUAUACAUAAGAAGGCUGAGAGAGAUGCGUUCUUUUUGGCGACUGAAGGCAUUGUGCAGUUAGUGCAAAGGUAUAGGAAUGGUAUACGUGGAAGAAUGAAGCAGGCUGUCCAGGAACUCCUGAAGCAGUACUACGAAGUUGAAAGCCAGUUUCUAUAUGGUUCUUAUGAUAAAUGUGUAUCAAUGUUACGUGAGAAACAUAAAGAUGACAUGACCGCUGUUACCGCUACACUGUUUUCCCAUAGCCAGGUAGCUAAGAAGAACCUGCUUGUUACCAUGUUGAUAGACCACCUGUGGGGCAACGAGCCAGGCCUGACAGAUGAACUUGCCAGUUGUUUGACGGAACUGACAUCACUAAAUCGCAGCGAACAUUCUCGGGUGGCUCUCAGAGCAAGACAAGUGCUGAUCGCAGCUCACCAGCCGGCGUAUGAGCUGAGACAUAACCAGAUGGAAAGCAUAUUCCUUUCGGCGGUCGAUAUGUACGGACACGAAUUCCACCCGGAGAAUCUUCAAAAGCUCAUUGUUUCCGAAACGUCAAUAUUCGAUAUUCUGCACGACUUCUUCUACCACAUGAACAGGGCUGUUUGUAAUGCUGCAUUGGAGGUCUACGUUAGAAGAGCCUAUACCAGUUACAAUCUAAGCUGUUUACAACAUUUGGAGCUCAGUGGAGAAGUACCUGUGGUUCAUUUUAUGUUUACCCUACCGCCGAAUCACCCUAACAGACUGGUGAAGCUUGACUGUGUUACAGAACUGACUGAAGGUACGCGGGAGCAACCGAAAAUCAUCGACACAUUCCAACGAACCGGCUGCAUGGCAGCUUUCGAAAACUUUCCGCAAUUCGAGGAGAACUCGGAUGAGAUCUUUGACCUGAUCGAGGACUUUGCCAGCCCGGCGACGAUUUCCACCAAAGACCUGAACGCGAUGGACAGCGGUUCCGAGUCGAAAGGGAAUAGCACCUCGAUCGACGUCAGUCUGAGCUUGGACGCGAGAAGGACGAGCAUCGUCGAGGAGCAUAUCGUCCAGGAGCCGAUACACAUCCUGAUUAUCGCGAUCAAGGAUGACGGAGACAAGGAUGAUUCGUCGAUGGGCAAGAUGUUCGCUGCUUUCUGCGCGAAAUACAGAGAAGAGCUGGUCGCGAGGAAAAUCAGGCGGAUCACGUUUACUGUACUCAAGCACAAGCAGUCGCCGAAGUAUUUCACUUACAGGGCAAGAGAUAAUUUCGUGGAAGACAGGAUAUAUCGUCACCUGGAACCUGCAUGUGCCUACCAGCUGGAAAUUAACAGAAUGCGGUCCUACAAUUUGGAAGCUCUACCAACUUCCAACCAGAAAAUGCAUCUAUACCUGGGCAAAGCUAAGGGCGGCAAAGAAAUUACUGAUUACAGAUUCUUCAUCAGAACAAUUAUUCGACAUUCGGAUCUGAUAACUAAAGAAGCAUCUUUUGAGUAUCUACAAAACGAAGGUGAACGCGUACUGUUAGAAGCCAUGGACGAGCUGGAGAUCGCAUUCUCGCAUCCACAGUCGAAAAAGACAGACUGCAACCAUGUAUUCCUCAGCUUUGUUCCCAGCGUUAUAAUGGACCCAACAAAGAUUGAAGAAGCUGUGACGAGUAUGGUAAUGCGAUAUGGACCAAGGCUUUGGAAGUUACGUGUCUUGCAGGCUGAGAUAAAGCUGGUAAUUCGUUCUGCUCCUAACGCUGAAACGACGCCUUUGAGGUUAUGUAUCGCUAACGACAGUGGAUACUACCUCGACAUCAACCUGUAUACAGAGAUUGAAGAUCCUGAAACAGGUAUAAUAAAGUUCCAGGCUUAUGGUGAUAAGCAAGGACCUUUGCAUGGGCUGCCGAUCUCAACACCUUAUAUUCCCAAGGACUUUUUGCAGCAGAAGAGGUUCCAAGCUCAGUCAUCUGGCACCACCUAUGUCUACGAUUUCCCUGAUAUGUUCAGGCAGAUGGUUGAUAAGCAGUGGAAGUAUUAUUGUAGAGAAAGGUUGUCAGAACAUGUUAAGGUCCCAGAUAAACUGAUGGACUUUGUGGAAUUGAUCCUCGAUCCUGAAACCGAGACAAGGCUGAUCGAACAGAAACGGGUACCUGGUGAAAAUAAUGUUGGUAUGGUAGCUUGGAGACUGACCCUGAAUACCCCAGAAUAUCCAGAUGGUAGAGAUAUCAUUGUUAUCGCCAACGAUUUAACCUACUUGAUCGGAUCUUUUGGACCCAGGGAGGAUAAGGUUUUCGGAUUAGCUAGUGAAUUUGCGAGAAAACUGAAAAUCCCAAGGAUUUAUAUUUCUGCAAACAGUGGUGCUCGAAUUGGUUUGGCUGAAGAGGUGAAAAACGUAUUCAGGAUAGCUUGGGAAGAUAAUAAGGAACCUGACAGAGGAUUUAGGUAUCUGUACCUAACCCCCGAGGACUACGCCAAAGUAAGUGCGCACAACUCCGUAAGGGCGGUAUUGAUAGAAGACGAAGGAGAGUCCCGAUACAAACUGACAGACAUCAUAGGCAAGGACGACGGAUUGGGUGUGGAGAAUCUGAAAUACGCCGGUAUGAUAGCAGGCGAAACGUCAGCGGCGUACGACGAGAUCGUCACGAUUUCUAUGGUCACGUGCAGAGCGAUCGGUAUCGGAUCGUAUUUGGUCAGAUUGGGACAGAGGGUUAUACAGAUCGAGAACUCUCAUAUCAUUCUGACCGGAUACAGCGCGUUGAAUAAGCUGCUUGGUAGGGAAGUGUACGCUUCAAACAAUCAACUGGGUGGUAUUCAGAUUAUGUACAAUAAUGGAGUAACACAUAAGACUGAACAAACUGAUCUAGAAGGGAUUUAUACCAUAUUGCAGUGGCUCUCUUACAUACCUAAGGAUAAAAUGUCACCAGUUUCUAUCCUGAAACCUCUAGACCCUAUAGAUAGAGAAAUUACCUUCACACCAACUAAAACGCCAUACGAUCCCAGGUGGAUGUUGGAAGGAAGACCCUCUCCCAGUGACCCUGCAAAUUGGGAAAGCGGUUUCUUUGACAAAGAUUCCUGGCAAGAAAUCAUGAAACCUUGGGCACAAACUGUCGUUACCGGUAGAGCUAAACUAGGAGGCAUACCUUUAGGCGUUAUAGCGGUCGAAACUAGAACUGUCGAGCUCAAUCUACCUGCAGAUCCAGCGAAUUUGGAUUCUGAAGCUAAAACCGUAUCACAAGCUGGUCAAGUAUGGUUCCCUGAUUCAGCAUAUAAAACAGCACAAGCCAUCCAAGACUUUUCCAGGGAAGACUUACCACUCAUAAUAUUUGCUAACUGGAGAGGUUUCAGUGGCGGCAUGAAAGAUAUGUAUGAGCAAAUAAUGAAGUUUGGAGCGUACAUAGUUGAUGGUCUUCGGCAGUACAAACAACCCAUAAUCAUCUACAUUCCACCUAACGGAGAACUCAGAGGCGGAGCUUGGGCUGUAAUAGAUCCAACUAUUAACUCUAGGUAUAUGGAAACGUAUGCAGACAACGAUUCUAGGGGUGGCGUUUUGGAACCGGAAGGUAUUGUCGAAAUCAAAUUCAGAAAGAAGGACCUGCUAAAAGCCAUUCACCGGAUAGACCCGCUAGUGAAGGAGUUAGACGAACAACUGAAGAAACUCCAACAACAGCAAGAGCAGCAGCACCCGAGGGAGAGAUCGAUGAGCAUAUCGCAGGCACAACCGAUCGUAGAAAGGCCGAAACCGCCCGAGAUGAAGGAGCUGGAAAAGAAGAUCAAGGAGAGGGAGAACUUCCUCUUGCCCAUGUACCAUCAGGUGUCCGUACAUUUCGCCGAUCUGCACGAUACGCCGGAGAGGAUGCUGGAGAAAGGAGCUAUACAUGACAUAGUGCCAUGGAGGAAAUCUAGGACAAUUAUCUACUGGAGGUUGAGGAGGCGAUUGCUCGAAGAUAGGGUGAUAAAGGCUUUGAUGGAGGCUCAACCUGAGCUAGCGCUGGGACAAGGAGAGGCAAUGCUCAGGAGGUGGUUCAUUGAAGACAAAGGCGCAGCAGAGGGGUACAAAUGGGACAAGAAUGAGGUGGUUGUACAAUGGAUUGAAGAGCAGCUUUCCAAACCAGCCAAUCAGUCAAUAAUAAACCACAAUAUUCAUGCUGUGAAGAGGGACGCUGUAAUAAAUCAAAUUAAGUGUUCAAUACAAGACUGUCCUGAUGUAGCGUUGGAUGCAGUUGUAGCCAUCAUACAGAAAUUAAACGACAACCAAAAGGCAGAAGUUAUAAGGACCUUAUCUCAGUUAGGCUCGUUAGAAAAUAUUGAUUGAACAUUUUUGGACAAAUAAGCAUAUGAAAGGUGCUAAUUUUGAUAUUAAAUGUUGAAAUACAGUAAGAAAUUUUGUUGAAUGGAUUCAAAUUUUAUAAGCAUGUAUUCCACGACAAUUGAAAAUAUUUUUACCUUUUGUACAACUAUAUAUUUAUGACGUAUUUAUUGAAAAUGCACAGGCAGAUACCAUGUUGUUAGUUGUUGAUUAUUUAUAAAAAUACAUUUAAACGUCUA